GUCAGAUCAAGAUGAAAAGCCUUCUCAUUGUUUUAGCAAUAUUAUUGCUCUGCAAUAAUAUUCAGGCCAAGAAAUGCAGAGCUCUUGCUCUAUCUGGUGGUGGUGACAAGGGAGCCUAUGAAGCUGCAGUAUUUGUUGGCUUGGUAAAUAACUUGCCAGCUGAAGAAGUUCAAUAUGAUGUACUUACAGGAGUCUCAGCCGGAUCAUUAAAUACACUUGGGCUCUCAGCCUUUGCUCCAGAAGAAAUUGAAGAAGCUAAAGAAUUCAUCUAUGGGCUUUGGGCUAGUAUUCCAGACUAUAAAGCUUUUGGUAAUUGGCCCGGAGGUAUUCUUCAAGGGCUAUUCUUCAAAAAGGGAAUUUUCGAUCUAAACCCAGGAAGGGUUUGGGUUGCUGAUAAUCUCGGAGAUAGAGUAAUCAAGAGAAAAGCCUCAUUUGCGACAGUUGAUGCUAAUGGAGCUACCUAUAAAGUUUGGGAUUACAACGCUACUUAUGAUCAACCCGAAGACUGGCUAGAUUCAGCAUUUGCAUCCUCAUCUAUCCCGGCUGUCUUCCCUCAUGUGACAAGAGGAGAAUAUGAACUUGUAGAUGGAGGAGUUAUUUGGAAUAUUGAUAUCCCUUCAGCUGUCAGAAGAUGCAGAGAAGUCGUAGAUGAUGACGAGGAUAUCAUUAUUGACAUGGUUUUAUGCGGAAAUCAUAGAAUCAAGGAGGUCGAUAACCUCCACAAAUAUAGCACAAUGCAGCAUCUUUUGAGAGGACAUGAGAUAUCAAGCUUCUAUAAUGGAAUGAAUGAUUAUAAUUCAUCACUCCUCCUCUUCCCAGAUGUCAAUUUUAGAUAUUUAAUUGUCCCUUCAGAAAGCCUUUCAGAUUCUUUCCUCCCACUAGACUUUGACCAAAAGACAGUAGACAGAUGCUUUGAAGUCGGUCAGAAGGAUGCUAAAAACGCAAUUACCCUCGGUCACGGAAUCUACGGAGAAGUUGCCCUUGAUUAUGUUGAAAAGAUUAACCUUGGGCAUGAUGUAUGGCUGCAUGAAAUGAUCGAUGAGAAGCUCAGAGAUCUUCAGAAACAACCAAAAUCUGAAUCAAAAUAAUUCUAAUUGGCUCAUCCUCAAUUUUGAACAACAGUA